AUGGUUAAAGGCUGGACCAAGUACAGGACAAAGAAUCACAUCCAGUUUUUGCUUCCUCCAUUUAGCAAUGAAUUCAGUGCGGUAAACCUAGAGGGAAAGACAGAGCAGAUGACAACCAAUGCCUGGCAGAUCAAUGUCUAUACGUCUGAUUUUCAUUUCCCUCCUUGCAGGUGUUUAAUCCGAAGAACUUCAGACAUUCUCUCCAAAUACCUGCCAGUGAAGAUAGAGCAGGUGGUCUGCUGCAGACUGACACCUUUGCAGGCUGAGCUGUACAAGAACUUCCUGAAGCAAGCCAAGCCAGUGGAGGAGCUGAAGGAGGGCAAGAUCAAUGUGUCAUCUCUCUCUUCCAUCACUUCCCUGAAGAAGCUCUGCAAUCACCCUGCUCUUAUUUAUGAUAAGUGUGUGGAAGAAGAAGAAGGUUUUAUGGGAGCUCUGGAUUUGUUCCCUGCUGGCUACAGUACCAAAUCUGUGGAGCCCCAGCUUUCAGGAAAGAUGCUGGUUUUGGACUACAUCCUUGCUGUUACAAAAAGCACCAGUAACGACAAGGUGGUUUUAGUGUCUAACUACACUCAGACACUGGAUCUAUUUGAAAAGCUCUGCAGGAACAGAAGGUAUUUAUAUGUCCGGCUGGACGGCACCAUGUCCAUUAAGAAGAGAGCAAAGGUUGUGGAGCGAUUUAACAGCCCCUCAAGCCCCGAGUUUAUCUUCAUGUUAAGCAGCAAAGCAGGUGGUUGUGGUUUGAAUUUGAUUGGGGCUAACAGACUGGUUAUGUUUGACCCAGACUGGAAUCCAGCUAAUGAUGAACAGGCCAUGGCUCGUGUGUGGCGGGAUGGCCAGAAGAAGACCUGCUACAUCUAUCGACUGCUUUCAACAGGGACCAUAGAGGAGAAAAUAUUUCAACGCCAGACCCACAAGAAGGCACUCAGCAGCUGUGUGGUGGAUGAAGAGCAGGAUGUAGAGAGACACUUCUCGCUCGGGGAGCUCAAGGAGCUGUUUGCAUUGAAUGAGACCACCACCAGUGACACCCAUGACAAGAUCAAAUGUCGUCGCUGUGUGAAUGGCCACCAAGUACGGCCACCUCCUGAAGGGUCUGACUGCACCUCUGACCUCUCCCAGUGGAACCACUCUGCUGAUAAGCGGGGCCUGCAGGACUCUGUGCUGAAGGCUGCAUGGGAUGCUGCUGUCACCUUCACUUUUCAUCACCACUCCCAUGAGGAGCAGCGAGGGAUUCCCUAACAGGUUACUGUCCCCUGUGGGGGCGAGGGCAGGCUGCUGUGCAGUCUUUAAUCCCUUUCGAGGAAAGGGGCAGUGGGUAGCAGAACAAUGCUGGAUUUGUUGUGUGGCGAUGGGGCAGCAGAACAGCAUGGGUCCUGAGAGGCUGGAAGGCCCUUAGCAUUGGUCAGUUUCUGCUGCAGCAGCAGUGAGUUCAUCACUUUGUGUCUGCUGCUGUGUCUUACACCUGAGAAACAGCAUACUGGGAAUAACUAGAGCUUGUGUGCUUGAUCAGAUUCAGUGCUGGUUCUUGUGCUGUGCCUCCUACUCAGCAAAAAAUCUGCCUUCAGGUUUAUGAUAAGCCUGCAGUUUUAGAGCACUUGAUAUGCAGUCACAUUUUUUAUUGGUAGCUGUGACUUACAGCUUCAUUUGAAAAUGUGCAGGUUCCAUUUCUGUCACAAAACGUGAACCUUAGUUUAUUAUUCAGGAUCAAGAGAAUCUGUGCCAAAAACAUCCUCAGCUUUUAUGUUAAGCAUCUCACCUUAACACGUAGACAGUGGGAAAUCUGGCUCCAUUUUGGUCACUACAUUUUUAAAACUACUUGCUGUAUUAUGGGUGGGAUCCCCACAUCUGGCAAAGUGUUUUAACUAAAUCACAUUAAAACCCAGUAAUAAAAUUCAAACUUCA